AUGAUUUAUACGGGAUACGGACCUGAGCAUGAUAAGCAAAGUCAAACACAAAAUGUUGGGGAAAACAACCCCACACUGAAUAUAAAUGCUCCAGAAGGUGCCAAGAACGAUGAAAAUCCCACUUUGUCCCCUCGUACAGAACGACUAUUGAAACUUUUGGAUGAUCGAUUGAUUACGGCUCUGGAACGACAGCGUCAAGAAAUGGAGCGACGCUUUGAGGAAGAACGUAAUCAAAACAAUCCCAUGGAACCUGGUAAUCGUGGUAAGCAUUCAAACGAAGUCAGAGAUGCACUGAAACCUAAGUCCUACCGGGUUUCAUUUAAAACUUUCAGAAGCUGUGGUGCUAUAGAAUAUGCGGGGCAAUCAGAUCCCGAAAUGGCAAUGCAAUGGAUCCAGAACACGGAAAAGGUGUUCCGAAUUACCGAGGUACUGGAUAGCGAUAAAGUAAAAUAUGCAUCUGUGAUGCUCAUAGAGCAAGCCCUGGUGUGGUGGAAUGUCACGUAUGAGUCUUUAGACGCAACGACACGUAAUAGUUUGACGUGGGACAAAUUUCAGAAAAAGUUCUUUGAACAAUAUUGCCCUGUUGACCUACAAAGGCGUCUUGAAAAGGAGUUUUUGGAUCUGAAGCAAGGUAAGAUGACUAUACUUGAUUAUGAAACUGAAUUCAACAAGAAGGCACGAUUCGCACAACGAUUCUUGAGCUCCGAACAGGAUAAGAUCGAACAUUUUAUUGGAGGACUACAGAAGGAGAUUCGAAGUUUUGUGAUAAGUCGUGAUGGUUCCAGUUUUAGCAAAAUAGUCGAAUACGCUCGGCGUUGUGAGUAUGAACUAUCCAUUCCUGAUGAAAAUGAACCCAUGUCAAAACGCCUACGAACUGAGAGGAUGAUGUCUACCCCAACACAGCGGUUCUCUCGAUUUUCCAAUCAGAGGAGAAUUCAAUCUCAGAGUACCCCACGUGUAUCCUCUCAGGCAUUUAGCCUUCAGUCGAGCACACCAAGAGACUGUCGGAGGUGCGGAAUGACACACCAAGGCCGGUGUGAUACGGAUAGAUCUGUCAUUAAAUGCUUUUGUUGCGGUGAAGCGGGUCAUGUUAGGAUGAAUUGUCCCCAGAGAGAUCUUUCAUGCUUUUCCCGCGGAGUGUUAGGGCAUCAUAUUAAAGAUUGUCCCCGUAUAGAAAAAGAUGAAAGCAAAGCCUCGGCACAACAACCAACGAGAGUGGGUACUUCAACCCAAAAGAAGGAGGUGCCCAGGGCACGAGCCAGGGCUUUUCAAAUCACAGCAGAGGAGGCAAUGAAGGAACCAAACGUCAUAACAGGUAUUUUCCUUCUCAAUGAUAGACCUGCAUGUAUUUUAUUUGACGCGGGAGCUACGAAUUCUUGUGUGUCACUUUAUUAUACUCAGUACCUCGAUUAUGUGCCAAUCAUGCUUGAAAAACCUUUUAAUGUCGAUAUUGCGAACGAAGUAACACUCGUAGCUGAUAAAGUUUAUAAAGACUAUAAAUUAGACUUAGAUGACCAUGACUUCACGGUCGAUUUGAUUCCGAUGGAUAUUCAUAACUUUGAUGUGCUUCAAGGUGCAAGGUUCUUCUCCAAGAUUGAUCUCAUAUCAGGUUAUCACCAGCUAAAGGUACGGGAGGAGGAUGUACCUAAGACUACUUUUCGUACGAGAUAUGGGCAUUAUGAAUUUCUGGUGAUGCCUUUCGGUCUCACAAAUGCCCCAGCUGCGUUUAUGGACUUAAUGAAUGGAGUACAAUUCUUGGGACAUACCGUGUCCGGUGACGGUAUAUCUGUGGAUCCUGCCAAGAUUGAAGCAGUGCAAAAAUGGGAGCAACCCAAGAAUGCUUCAGAGAUUCGGAGUUUUCUCGGCCUAGCGGGAUAUUACCGACGUUUCAUUCGGGAUUUCUCUAAGAUUUUUGUUCCUCUCACUUUCCUUACCCACAAAGAUGCAAAUUUUGUGUGGACCAAAGAUCAAGAAAAGGCAUUUCAGACUUUGAAAGAUUGUUUGACACAAGCACCAAUUCUUUCUUUACCUGAAGGUAGUGAGGAUUUUGUAGUCUAUAGUGAUGCCUCACGAUUAGGACUUGGUUGKCGUGCUAUGGAGCUCAUUAAGGAUUACGACUAUGAGAUACUCUAUCAUCCGGGUAAAGCCAACGUAGUGGCGGAUGCUUUGAGUCGAAAAGCAUACGCGAAUCCUGUAUGUUAUGCUAUCACUCAUAUGUCUAUGAAAACCAAUCUGUUCGACGAUAUACGAAAAUGGCAGCAAGAGGCUUUGAAGCCUGAGCAUGUCAAGUCGGAACGGAUGGUGGGUCAUGUCAACUCUUUAUCUGAAGACUCUCGUGGUUUGAAAGUCUUUAAGACCCGAAUUUGGGUCCCUAGAUUUGGUGGUGCACGAGAUAUUGUAUUGGCUGAGGCGCAUAAAUCGAGAAUGUCUAUCCAUCCAGGAAGCACUAAGAUGUACUACGAUCUUCGUACUGAUUAUUGGUGGCCGGGGAUGAAAGCCGAUAUUGCAUAUUAUGUUGAGCAGUGUAUUACCUGUAUGAAAGUGAAGGCUGAGCAUCAAAAGCCAUACGGGAGUUUACAGCCUUUAGAGGUUCCAGUGUGGAAAUGGGAAGAGUUAACAAUGGACCUAGUUACGAAAUUGCCAAAAACUCAGCGACAGCAUGAUAGUAUUUGGGUCAUUGUGGACCGGUUGACGAAAUCUACGCAUUUUCUUCCCGUUCUAGAAUCGUAUCCGUUGGAUAAGUGGGCACGACUUUAUGUUGAUGAAAUUAUCGCUCGACAUUGUAUACCGACUAAAUUCAUCUCUGAUCGUGAUUCACGUUUCAUGUCUAAAUUCUGGUCGGGGUUACAACGAGAACUUGGGACGCAGUUGGCCUUCAGCACCGCGUAUCACCCUCAAACUGACGGCUACCAUUUGACAAUUGGAAUGGCAUCGUUUGAGGCCCUGUACGGCCGUAAGUGUCGUACGCCUCUGUGUUGGAGAGAAACCAGAGAAAAGAUACUUGUUGGACCCGAACUUGUACAAAUCACACACGACAAAAUACAGGUGAUUCGAGAUAGAAUGAAAGCGGCUCAGGACCGACAAAAGUCAUACGCUGAUCACCGCAGAAGACCGAUCGAGUUCUCAGUCGAAGAUUUGGUCAUGUUGAAGGUUUCCCCGUGGCGUGGAGUAUUACGGUUUAGAAAGAAAGGUAAACUCAGUCCUCGUUUUAUCGGUCCAUUCAAGAUUAUUGAACGGGUCGGGAAACAAGCUUACCGUUUAGAACUACCCGAAGAAUUAACGGGUAUACAUGAUGUUUUCCAUGUCGGCUAUCUACGAAAAUGUUUGGGCAAACAUGAGGAAGUAGUACCAUUGUCGGAAGUUAAGAUAAAUGAAAAGUUUCGAUAUGCCGAAGAGCCCAAAAGUAUCUUGAAAGAGCGGACAGUGAAAUUGCACAACAGAGAGGUGGAUUUGAUAAAUAGUUUCUUUUUAUUAAGAGUUAGCGUAACCGAUGUUACAGAAAAAGACAAGAUAAAUGGUAUGAACUUUUUCGACUGGUAUCGUAAUUUGAGAAUUGUCCUCAAACACGAGAAGAAGUCGUACAUUCUCGAAGGACCCAUUCCCGAGGAACCCCCUACCAACGCCACCAAAAUCAUACGUGAUUCUUGGACAAAGCACUUUGAUGACUCAAAUGAUAUCUCUUGUUUGAUGCUCGCCACUAUGGUUCCAAACCUCCAGAAGGAUUCAAAACAUUUAGGUGCUUAUGAGAUCUUGUCUCAAUUCAAAGACAUGUUUCAGCAACAAGCAAGGCAACAACGCUAUGAAACUGUUAGAGCGUUUCAUGCUUGCAAGAUGGUGGAAGGGACGUCCGCUAGUACUCAUGGGCACAAAAGAAGUAGGCAGCUCAAGCCUAAUGAAAUGGAUUUCCAUGUUGGCAAUGGAGCAAAAGUUGCAGUCAAAGCCAUAGUUUCUUUUGAGUUGUUGUUACCUAAUGGCAUAUUUUCCAAAAGUGAUAUUGUUUAUUUUAAGGCACGACCUCACAAUGGCAUAUAUGAGAGUGAUUUGCAUGGUUCAUCUCAGGGGUGUAAAUGA